UCCGUACAAGUUGUAUCGAAAAUGAAGAAAAGGGUGUGAGAUAAUUUCCGCACAUUUCGCAUCUAAAUAUCGCUCUUAACGUGUUCAGAAAUUUGCUAUGUCAGUAAUCAUUAGCUAGAAACAUAACACUGUUGCUUCCGAUCUAAUGUAACCAAUCUGAAUAGAAUAGAUUGAAAAGACGUAGCCGUAUACAGUGAUUGUAGGAUUUCAAUCAAAAUGAUGUCGGCAAAAAAUGAUUGUGCUUCAAACAAUGAUGGCGCAUUUAAAUAUAAGAGUUACAAAUGUGCAUCUGGACAAUGUGUGUUUUCGUCUGCAAGCUGUACUACCUCAAGUAACUGUACCAUGAAAAGUUCAUAUAGAAGACACUACUGUCCUAGUAGUGGAUGGUGUGAAAUGAGAGAUGCUAGUUGUAUUCGGCCUUGUGGGUUCAAAAAUAGCUAUCACAAAUACAACAGCCAGUGCACUGGUUAUCCAGGAUUGUGUGCAAAAACUUCGUACAGUUGCCCACCUGUGUGUUCAUUUACUCAGCCAUACAAAUGCCUGAAGGAGAGGAAAUGCGCAAAAGGACCAAAUUGGUGUGUUUAUUGCAGUGGACAUCGAUGCAGGUCAGAUGGAAAAUGUAUCCGUUCUUAUAAGAAAUGUGAUGGGAAUGCAGACUGCAGUGAUGGCUCAGAUGAGCUUUCUUGUUACACGGCACCUGGCCCAGAAGUAAAUGGUAAUGAAAGUGGAAUGGAAGCAUGGCAAAUAGCGGCAAUCGCUGGGGCUAUUCUGGUCGUGCUUCUAUUCUGCUGCUGCUGGUGUUGUAGAAAAAGCAAGGACGGUGAUGGUGAACAAGCAACCUCUGCCACCAAUCAAACAGGCCAGACAACCACUUCCACAGGACCGCGACUGACUGGAACGACUGUGGCGUCUGCAACACCGCCAUCAGUCCCUUAUCACAGUGUCUACACGCCACACCCAAGCUACAGCCCACCAGCCCCAGGACAAUCGGAGCUUGGUUUCCUGCCGAUGGUGGCUGUGCCAACAAAUAAUACUCCAAGCAGUCAUUCACCGGCGAUGGCCAGUGCACCUGCGCCCAAUGAGAAUCCAACAGCCGCACCACCACCUUCGUAUUUAGAGGUGAUCGAAAACGAGGAUCAGUACAAAGCAAAAGAUCCGGCGUUGCCUACCUAUGAAGAGUACACUGAUUCACCUUCGGCUAGAGAGACGUUCAUGUGACCGACUCUUGCUGCUUCCAUUUGUUUGUAAAUACUGCAUGUUAACUGUAGAAGAGAAAAUUUUGGUAGCAUUGAAUUUUUGCCAAAGUAUGAACGAAUUUGCAGCAGGGCAUUUUUGCAAGUGGAUGUGACUGUGGUGCUUUUCAAAAAUAAACUCUGUUAUCAAACAGAAACCCCACACAAAAUGGACCUCUUACUGAUGUUUGCAAACAAAUUGACACGGUGGCUAAAGGUAUCGGUUUGCCCAAGAAAACUAUGUGCUUACCUGGAGAGGAAAUGACGACACAAAAGAAACAUACAAAAUAUUAGUUCAUUUUGAGGGGCGUAAGGCCCGCACUCAUUAUUUUCAUCCGACUGUCGUCCUCCAACAUUGUAAUAGGAGGGCCUUGUUUCUAUUGUGUUGCAAAGGUAAACCAAUACCUAUACCACCUGUGAUUAAUAUGAGUUUCACACUGAUUAGUUAAUACGACCAACUGCUAAUCAUCUUAGCAUCGCCUGUUGUUAUUGGUGUUGUUGUUAUGUAGACAUCAGAAUAGUGGAGGCUCUGGAUAUCUCACUGGCCAUUCUCCCUCCAACAAGUCCAUCAGCGCCACCACUAGUCCCCUCAGUGUCAUGGCUCCUGUCUUCAGUUGUGUGGCCAAAUGUCUACAGGUCCCUUGCAGGUGACACUUGGCACCGUCUCCUCUCUCUGUCCCCCUCUCCAGCAACCUGUCUAGAGAACAUGUACAUGUAGACCUUGAGUCUAGCUCCACCUGGUGUCUUAAAAAGUUUCUGCACUCAGUAUUGUCGUGUUCUAUUGUAUGUUUAACCCCUUGCCUCCCUAGAGGGGACGAUAUAUCGUCCCUAUAUUUUGUCUGGCAUAUAUCGAUGUAUCGUCCCUGUACUAAUGCAUCAGCACUAUUGUACAGUGUAUUCGUAUCCCUGGUGAUCUGCAGAAGACUAUAUUUAGUUUCUUUCAUAGUUUGCAGAUGGCACUACAGUUUGAUUGGCGCUUGUACAGCGUCACAGUACACGAACUGAUUAGCAUAUAAAUCAAUAUUAUGUUGUAUUAUUCGAUCAAUCAGUAAUAGACAAUAGCCAAAGGUUAUCAAUAUAGUUACAUUGAUCAUUUACAGGUUGUAACUGCAUCAAUUACAGUUCAAUAAACUUGUUCAAAUUAGAAAAAUCAAUCAAUUAGAGCAAAAUCAAUCAAAAAAUAUUGAUUAUUAUUGAUUAUUGAUUACCUCUUACCCAUUCAAUGCCCAGAAACAAUGGCAAUUGAUAGCCAAGGUAAUCAGCUUUACAAAAAUGAAUGGUUUUAUGAAUCAAGGAUGCAUAAUGAAGGAGCUACAAUAUUUUAAAGUAUUUUUACGUUAUUUUGCAUAAAACUGGUAAAAAAUCUCAGUACAUAGCAUUACAUUGGCCUCGGGAGCCAAAGGGUUAAAAGGUGUGACUUUUAAUAUGAUCUGAUUGUUGUUUAAAAUACCAAUGUACAUUAUUUACUGCAGUUUUAGACCUGUGCGUUGUGGAAAUUAUGUAUGUAUAGUGAUCUUCGAUACAUGUAAUAUUGCAUACUGGAUGUGAGAAGGGCCUUUUUAAAUGGAAUCAAUUUUGACUUUUUGGCUUCACUUCAGGGUUUAGUGUGGAAUUUACAAAGAGGCACUACACCAGCUAACUAAGAGAACUGCACGUUGCAUCAGAUCUUUUUGGAGAUACUAGUGGUGUGAAUGGACAUGCUCAAACCGAAUUUUGAAUUGUAUUGGGAACUCUGGUUUGAAAUUGUGUUUGGUGUGAACAUGAGAGACAUUGACUUUAUCAGUAAAGGAUAAGGAGCGUGAGUUGUUGACAGGCAAUAUACAGUAGAACCUCUCGAUUAAGGACACCCUCAGGACUGACAAGUGCUGUCCUUAAUAAUUAGAGGUCGGAGUUGAAUAGAAACACCCGAUUUGGGACCAAAACUAGUGUCUUUAAUGGAGUGGGUGUACUUAAUAGAGCGGUGUCCGCCGAGAAGGUUCUACUGUAGUGUAUUUCAGAGUUCAUUUAUGGUGUGCUGUUCUUGACUUGAGUGCACCAGGAGACAGAAAACAACCUACUAACUGUCCGCACUAAUAUUGAGCUCUGUAAUUGUCUCCACUCUGGAACAAUCAUGAUGAUCUGAGAGAACCUCCCAGUACUCUUUUUAAAAGAUUGUGAAUUAGGCCAGUUGUCAUUAUAGAUAAAGAGACUACAUUCGAAAGUCAGUCGGCGGCCUAACGUAACAUUGGCCUCUUGUUUUAAGCAACGAGGAUCCCCAAGUGACAAUCACCUCAUUUUAGUGGUGUGUUACAUGUAGUUGUUUAAUGUCUUUCAAUUUUCAUGCGCUGGGUCAAAUGUUGAGUUGACAUAUGGGUGGCAAGCUGGGUGAUGCCUGUCUAUGUUACAAUACAUAAUGACUAAUGUAUGUAAGAUUUAAAGUUUUUGUUAAUAGAAUAAGGAUACAUUUGGAGUGACUUUCUCAUAGAUGUACUUGCUUGUGUAUUUUGUACAAUUUUCAUGUACUCUGUCAAAAGUCAGGAGUUGACAUAAGGGGGUGGCAUGCUGGGUGACAGCUGUCUAUGUUACAAAUACAUGUAUAUGUAUAUAACAUUUCAAGUUUGUUAGAAUAAGGAUGCAUUUGGAGUGAUUUUCUCAUAGAUGUACUUGUUUGUGUAUUUUGUACUGUUACAUUGUGUGUUGUUAUUAUAGGCAUGUUUUGUAUCAAAUUAUAGGUAUAUUCUAUAUUGUUUACCUUAAAUAGCCUUCCCAUUUAUCCAUUUAGUUAAGAACUUUCAGUCCUUUAAGAAAGAAAGCAUACUGCAACCUACUCUAUUUUUGCCUGUGGCAGCCUGUGCUAGUCAUUUUAAUAUGUUUGGUCAUCCUUUUGAGGCCAAGUGCUUUUAUUUGUUUAUGUCGAGACAAGGCAUGAUGUGUUUUAAUACAAACCAGGUAAUGUGCAAACCCAUGGCUGAAUGAACAAAAAAGAGAUUUGUUUAAUAGUUCUUGUCAAAUUUAAACUGACCUGUUCAUGUGCAUGUGUAUAUUAAUGAAAGUCUUAUUAUUAUCUAUCAUGCUAGUUUGUAAUAAGUGUUCUGGCUAUUCAGCCAACCUGAUCAUGCGUUUCAGUUACCCAUGGUUAGAUACCUGUCUAGAUGAUUUGAGAACUAGAUUGAUAUGUAAUGAAUGCUGUGAAUAUCUCAAGUAAUAAAAAAUAUUUGUUAUGAAUUUACAA